AGGCGCGCGGGGCGGGACUUCCGUCUCGCCUCUAGGUUGUUGUCCCUGCUUCGACGUCAGGCUGUGGGAGUCGGUGAAUAUUCAGUCUUGCAGUCCGGGGAGGAACUUCUUCCGCAGCGAUGCGGCGGGUGAGCCUGUUUAUGUUGCGGGAUCAGGCUUCCAGGUGAUUUUACAGCGAGAUGCUGCUCUCCAUAGGGAUGCUCAUGCUGUCCGCCACACAAGUCUAUACCAUCUUGACUGUCCAGCUCUUUGCAUUCUUAAAUCUAUUGCCUGUAGAAGCGGAUAUUUUAGCAUAUAAUUUUGAAAAUGCAUCUCAGACAUUUGAUGACCUUCCAGCAAGAUUUGGUUAUAGACUUCCAGCUGAAGGUUUAAAGGGUUUCUUGAUUAACUCAAAACCAGAGAAUGCUUGUGAACCCAUAGUGCCUCCACCACUAAAAGACAAUUCAUCUGGCACUUUCAUCGUGUUAAUUAGAAGACUUGAUUGUAAUUUUGAUAUAAAGGUUUUAAAUGCACAGAGAGCAGGAUACAAAGCAGCCAUAGUUCACAAUGUUGAUUCUGAUGACCUCAUUAGCAUGGGAUCCAACAACAUCGAUGUGCUAAAGAAAAUCGACAUACCAUCUGUCUUUAUUGGUGAAUCAUCAGCUAAUUCCCUGAAGGAUGAAUUCAUAUAUGAAAAAGGGGGCCAUGUUGUCUUAGUUCCAGAAUUCAGUCUUCCACUGGAGUACUACCUAAUCCCCUUCCUCAUCAUAGUUGGCAUCUGUCUCAUCUUGAUAGUCAUUUUCAUGAUCACAAAAUUUGUCCAGGAUAGACAUAGAGCUAGAAGAAACAGACUUCAUAAAGAUCAACUUAAGAAACUCCCUAUACAUAAAUUCAAAAAAGGAGAUGAAUAUGAUGUAUGUGCCAUUUGUCUGGAUGAGUAUGAAGAUGGAGAUAAGCUCAGAAUCCUUCCCUGUUCUCAUGCCUAUCAUUGUAAGUGCGUAGACCCCUGGUUGACUAAAACAAAAAAAACCUGUCCAGUCUGCAAGCAAAAAGUUGUUUCUUCUCAAGGCGACUCAGACUCUGACACAGAUAGUAGUCAAGAAGAAAAUGAAGUGUCAGAACAUACCCCUUUACUUAGACCUAUGGCUUCUGUCAGCACCCAGUCAUUUGGGGCUUUGUCGGAAUCCCGCUCACAUCAGAACUUGACAGAAUCUUCAGACUAUGAGGAAGAAGACAAUGAAGAUACUGACAGUAGCGAUGCAGAAAACGAAAUUAAUGAACACAGUGUUGUGGUCCAGCUGCAGUCUAAUGGUGAACAGGAUUACAACAUAGCAAAUACUGUCUGACCUUCAGAGGGAGACUGGGUUAUUUCCUUUUAAAAAUGUUUAUUUAGGUAUAUAAUUUGAUUUUUUUGCUCCCUUCAGAGAUUGGUGUAGAAAUAACUUAUUUUUUAAUAAUCUACAGUGUAAUCAGAUUAUUGAAACAGGUUUUUUUGAUCUGGUAUUUAUCGGCAGGAGUGUACUUCAUUUCACUAAUAAUAGACUGGUGCUGUAACUCAAGCAUCAAAUCAACUCUUACUUUGGAAUGAAAUAUAUCCAAAAUAUUUUUUAAAAUCCUCAGUAUAGCUUGCAAUUAAGACCUAGAUUAUAAUAUGCACACUUUGCAUUUUACACACAAGGUCAGUGCUGUGGCCACCUAGCAUGAGAGAAGCCAAAUUCCAUCUCAAGUUACUUACCUAGAAUUGUUGAGUUGGAAUAUAUUUGUUCUGGUAUUACCUCAAAUUGCCAUCAUUAGUGAAAGGCAACAGGUAAUUUAGCAUUUAUCCUCCUAUCAGCACCCCAGAAAAACCCAAAGUUGUCUUUUUCCUUUCUAUUCCCUAGUAGUCUUAUCCUAAUAGGAAGUCUGUACUAGUGCAAAUUUUAAGUUUUAAGGUUUUUAAUACUAGUGUUAUAUAUGAAUUUGAUUAACUAGCUAAAGCAAUAUGCCUCUGAACUUACUGAAUUUCAGUUAUCAUUAAGGGUUUUGUGUUGUGAUCAAAGCAAAAAGGACAUGCUAUACAAAAAUACCAAACUUCAGCAACUGUUAAUACACAGAUCAUAUACCUCUUUAAUAAAGAGCAUCUUAUGCUAAUUAGCCCUGCUAAACUAUGUACAAGGAAACUGUUCAAGUAUUGGAUUUGAAAAUAAUUGCUUUUGUUUAACAGAAUGAUGUAGUUAAACAAUGUAUUAUGAAAAGCUAAAAUAUACAUCAUUGUAACUGUAGAAAAUAGACUUACGUAUAAUCAAAAUGCUAAGAAUUUUUAUAUUGCCUUGUAUGAAGGGAGUUUGAAUGUUAAUAAAUACAUUUUCCACUUUAAGAACUGGCAAA